UCGGUUGCAGUUACGGCACGUGACGUCACCUCCGCAAGCAGCAGCGUUUAGACGCUAACGUUGAAGAAUUUGGUCCUGUUUAAUACAUUUCUUUAUUUCGGGUUAUUUUUUAAAACAAAUGUCAAGAUGAUUCUUACUGUUAAACCGCUCCAGGGGAAAGAAUGUAGCGUACAGGUUGCAGAAAACGAGAAGGUGUCAACAGUAAAAGAGUUAGUAUUUGAACGCCUCAACAUACCGCCAAAUCAGCAGCGAUUGCUCUACAAAGGAAAAGCGCUUGCAGAUGAAUACAGAUUGAGUGAUUAUUCCAUUGGCCCAGAAGCCAAGCUGAACCUGGUGGUACGUCCGGCGGGAGAUAGAAGCAGUGGCGCAGCGGUCUGCAGUAGCAGUAGUGGUAGUAGUAGUAGUAGCAGCAGCGCCACCAACAGUGAUGGAAGCAGUGGCAGUGGGGUAUGGCAGUUACUGUCCACCGUUCUGGCCAAACACUUCAGUCCAGCAGAUGCAGCCAGAGUGCAGGAACAGCUCAUUAAGGAUUACGAACGCUCCCUCAGACAGCUGAGUCUAGACGAUAUUGAACGCCUGGCUGGACGUCUGCUGCACCCCGAGACAGAGGGAAUGGACACUUCAUACAUGGACUGAGACCAGCUAGAUCUAAGAGCACACUUUAACAGCUGAGAGAAAGCCACAACACCAACCUGCUACUUGGUUUGAAGAGUGGAAACUGAGGGUGAAUGUAUGCGAUAAGGACACUUAGGAAGAAGGGAGCCAUAAGACCACCUCUGCGUAUUUUAAAGCUGGCUACUGUGGGUACCAUGCGUGCCAGUGGUUCAGCUCGAUUUUAACAGAAGAUUCCUAAUUAGUCUAUUGACAGCAUUUCCUUCCUUUGUUUAUGAGCAGUGUAAUGAGAAGUAAGUAUAAUGAGCAGCACAAACCUGCCCCAUUUUCACGCUCAUCUUUUAUUUGUCCUUCCAAGAGCCUUUUGCUCUGAUUCAUACAGAACUGUAGUACUUCCUUUUGGAUUGCCAGCAUUUUUCCACAUAAAGGUGGCCACCAGCACUACAGACAGAGCUUUUGACAUGCUACAGCUUCACAUUAACCUGGUUUGAAAUGGGAGCGAGGCUUUUCAAGAUAAGCAGUCUCACUUCAGUUCAUAGGCACCGGAUCAAAUGUUCUACAAAGCUGCAGAGAUAUUACAGUUAGCCUGUAUGAAAAUUUGUGUUCGGCCAUAUGAGGGCAACUGCUCUAUUUGUAAAUAUUGUGUUUAUAUUAUUAAAAGCUACAAAACAGAUUCA